AAACAAACACGCACUGCGCAUGCGUCACUGCCAAUAAUGGAGGACGGCCGUUCUUCGCCGUACUGAUGCCUCGCUUCCCACUCCGUUAACUCGCGAGUUACGAGGCCAGACGACUCGUCCACAGUUGAUGUGGAAGAAGGUGUCCACCAUGAGUACAAACUCGGCAAGCAAGAGUGGGGCCUGCAGGAUCAUGACAUUCAGCCCGUCCUCGGAUGACUUUAAAGACUUCAGCCGCUACAUCGCCUACAUGGAGUCACAAGGAGCGCACAAAGCCGGGAUGGCAAAAGUGAUUCCUCCCGAAGGCUGGAGACCCAGGAAGACUUACGACGACAUCGACGACCUGGUCAUUCCCGCUCCCAUCCAACAGGUGGUGACGGGCCAGUCGGGCCUCUUUACUCAGUACAACAUCCAGAAGAAGCCCAUGACGGUCAGUGAGUUCCGCAAGACCUCCAACACGGACAAGUUCUGCAAUCCCCAAUAUGUUGACGUCGAUGAACUUGAGCGCAAGUUCUGGAAGAACCUGACUUUCAACCCUCCCCUCUACGGAGCGGACGUCAGCGGAAGUCUCUACGACCCGGGCGUGGCCGAGUGGAACGUCGGCCAACUGGACACCAUCUUGGACAUGGUGGAGCACGAGAGCGGGAUCAAGAUCAAAGGAGUCAACACCCCUUAUCUUUACUUUGGCAUGUGGAAGAGCACCUUUGCCUGGCACACGGAGGACAUGGACCUCUACAGCGUCAACUACCUUCACUUUGGAGAGCCCAAGUCAUGGUAUGCAGUCCCGCCAGAACACGGGAGGAGAUUGGAGCGACUUGCCAAGGGUUUCUUUCCUGGCAACGCUCAGAGCUGCGAGGCCUUCCUGCGCCACAAGAUGACCUUGAUCUCGCCGUCCAUCCUCAAGAAGUACGGGAUCCCGUUUGAAAAGGUCACGCAGGAGGCGGGCCAGUUCAUCGUGACCUUCCCGUUCGGUUACCACGCGGGAUUUAACCACGGCUUCAACUGUGCCGAGUCCACCAACUUUGCCACGCAGCGAUGGAUCGACUACGGCAAGCAAGCCACGCAGUGCUCGUGCCGCCAGGACAUGGUGAAGAUCUCCAUGGACGACUUUGUGCGCAAAUUCCAGCCAGAGCGCUACAAGCUGUGGAAGGCGGGAAAAGACAACGCUCCCAUCGACCACUCCAAACCCACGCCCGAGGCCGCCGAGUUCCUCAAAGACCAGAGCGUGUCCCAGAAAGAGAGCCCUCCCGCCCACGAGAACAGCAGUCCAAAACUUCAGAAGGGGACCAAGCGUCCACUGGAAGCCUCUGAGGACCUCAAAGCUGACCCGGGUGAAGAAGAGGCGGAGCCAAAGAAGGUCAAGCUGACCACAAUGGAGUCUCCUGCUCAAGUCACAACAGACACACAUGACCUGGCAAUCAAAGUGGAGUCAUCGCCUCAGGAGGAAGAGCAAAAAGACCAGUCCAGCAUCAAGCAAACACCUCCCAGGCAAGAAAGUCCAACAACAAACGAGCACGACGCUCCUCCUGCAGACACCCUAAGCCCCGAUACCGCGGAAGGCCAGGUGAAGGCGCUGCGCUCUGCGGAAGGCCAGGUGAAGGCGCUGCGCUCGGCGGAAAGCCAGGUGGAGGCGCCGUGCUCGGCGCAGGCCAUUGUCAGCGACGAGGAGGCCGAGGUGGGCACGGGCGGCCUGGUGCACAAAGUCUUCCAGAGGACGCUGAGCCCCGCCGACGUGCUGCACGUGCACAGUUACGCCAAAGGAGACUACGCCGAGGACGAGGCCCCGCCCAAAGUAGAAGAGGAAGAGGAGGCGAAGGACGAAGGUGAAAAAAUGGUUGAGACGGAGAAAGACGUCAGCAAACAGGGGGCAGUAGAGGCGAAAGUGGCAUGUGAGCCGAGUGAUCUGGGUCAAUUGCCUGGCCACCACCCGCUCAUCAAGGACGGCCUGAGUGACGAAGAGGCUCCAGAGGAGGCGUCCCCAGUGGAGGAAGGGGGUCUGGAAGGCGAAGGCUGGACCAAACCUCUGGCCCACCUGUGGCAGAACAGACCCCCCAACAUGAAGAAGGAGAAGGAGUACAACCAGAGGAUGGGCUCCAAGCCUCCAUACUGCUCCAUCUGCACGCUCUUCCUCACGUACCAGCAGACCGGCCGUGCCAGCGGCGCCAACGCUCCCGUCAUGGCGGGCGGAGGGCGGAUGCGGACCAAGCCGCUGAUCCCGGAGAAGUGCUUCGCCACCACCACGGAGGACGACGCCGAGCGCGGCGAGCCGCCGCUCACGCCUCGCCUGGAGGAGGACGGCACCAGCCUCCUCGUCAGCUGCUCGCAGUGCAGCGUCCGCGUCCACACCAGCUGUUACGGCGUCGAUCCGGCCAGGGUCAGCAAGGAGUGGAAGUGUGCCCGCUGCAAAGCCAACGCCAUGGUGGAGAACUGCUGUUUGUGCUGCCUGAGGGGCGGAGCUCUGCAGAAGGCCAACAACAACAAGUGGGUGCACGUGCUGUGUGCCGUGGCCGUGCUGGAGGCUCGCUUCGUCAACAUCACAGAGAGGACUCCUGUGGAUCUGAGUGGGAUUCCCCUGCAGAGAUUUAAACUGAAGUGUUACUACUGCAAGAAGAGGAUGAAGAAGGCGUCGGGCUGCUGCGUGCAGUGCUCACAUGGCCGCUGUCCCACCGCCUACCACCCCACCUGCGCGCAGGCCGCCGGCGUCCUCAUGCAGCCCGACGAGUGGCCCUUCGUGGUGCACGUCACCUGCUGCCGACACAAAGGCCCCGCCCAGAUCGAACGCAACACGGCGGCCAUGCACGAGCUGACGGUGGGCCAGAAGGUGAUCUGCAAGCACAAGAACGGCCGCUACUACCAGUGUGACGUGGUGCAGCUCUCCAAGGAGACCUUCUACGAGGUCAACUUCGACGACGGCUCCUUCAGCGACAAUCUGUUCCCCGAAGACAUCGUGAGCCGAGACUGCGCCCAGCUGGGACCUCCCCCCAAGGGCGAGGUGGUCCAAGUGCGGUGGACGGACGGCCUCAUGUACGGCGCCAAGUUUGAGGCGUCACGCGUCAUCCAGAUGUACCUGGUGGAGUUUGAGGACGGCUCCCAGCUGACGGCCAAGCGAGACGACGUGUACACGCAGGACGAGGAGCUCCCCAAGAGGGUCAAGUCCCGACUGUCCAAGGCGUCGGACAUGAGGUUCGACGGCAUCUUCGAGGACAAGGAGAUCAUCCAGGAGUCCAAGAGGCAGCGGGUCAUUAAUUCACGGUACCGCGGCGACUACAUCGAGCCCGUCAUCUACAGAGCCAUCAUGGAGUAGCGCCGUCAUGGACCACUUGCAUCAGGACUUUUUUUUAACUCCUAUUUUAAAAGGGCAGUAUUUUCAUUUGUCGGACAAAGCACAGCAGGAAGAGGCGAGGAAGCCACCUCACUUUUGUUUCCUGUGACAUCAUCAAACAUCUCUAGGUAACACGCACACACACACUCAGCCCAAUUUAGUAAGUCUCUACAUUUCAAGUUCAUUUCUUCAAAAAUAUCAGUUUUUCCUAUUUUUUGAUACUAACUUAUUCUAACAACUUUUCCACACGGAGACAAAACCCUAGAAGUUUCCUAUUGUCUCAACAAAGAAAAAAACAUAAUAUAACCGCAUUCCUUUUUUUUUUUGAGGCGCUUUAAACCUUUUUCUAGAUGCUCCUUCUAUUUUUUCUACCACAUAGAUACAUUUGAAAAGAUUUUAAUUCAGAUUUUAAAAAAUAUAUAUAUAUAUUUUAACUCUGCCCCCCAUGGUUGUACUUUGUCAUUUAAAUGUGCGAUGAUGUCGUCGUCUGCGCUAAUUUGCUUUUAGUGUCGUAGUAGUAUUGUUCAUAUACAGGUAUUGUUUGUUUUUGUGUGUAAAUGUCAACUAUAAGUAGAUAAGCAGAACUUCCACAUGUUAAGUGUUUUUUGUAAAACAUUUGAGUAAAAAAAAAUAUAUAUAUAAUAUUAUUAACAACCACCCUCAGCCGAGCAAGUCUUUUUUUCUACAGUGUUCAGUGUUUCCCACAGGACAGGCAUCUAUUUGUGGUGGUGUGGUCGGGGGGCAGGGGGUGACGGCGGCAGCGGCGAUGACCAAGAAAAACGCGGAGUUGGAAUAUAAGUACAACACUUUAUGUACAUAUUUAGCUCAUUAAAAUUACCGACAGGAAGGCGAGAAACACUUUAUUUCAACACUCUGGCGCCGUACCUGUCGUCAAAACUCCAAAGACCGACUGCACAGUUGCACA